AUGUUUAUCCACAAAAUCCUGCUAUCUGUGGCUUUUUGCUUGGGCCAUGUAGCCUCAUCACCAGUCAAGCAUCAUUCCACUUCAACGAGCAUCACCGCUGCUCCUUCUGCUUCCAUCGAUGCGGCUUAUACCUCUUCCUUGUUAAGCUCAUUGUGGGCACCCUUGAACGUCUCUUACGCCGACGUCACUACCGUUGCAGAACCGACUCCAAUUCCCUCUACUGAUCUGAUUGCUCCUCCAGUUAUGCCCAAAUUGGAAUCGCAAUACAGACUUCCGGCAGAUUUCCUAUGGGGAUUGGCAGGUGCGGCAUUCCAGAACGAAGGUGCUGUCGAUGCGGAUGGAAGAGGUCCAAGCGUAUGGGACACUCUCGGACAUCUAGUAGAUGGGUUCAUCACCGACGGAACUACAGGUGAUAUAGCCGAUAACCAUUACUAUCUGUACAAGCAGGAUGCUCAAAGACUGAAAGCAAUUGGGAUCAAGACGUACUCGUUGUCGGUUUCGUGGACUCGGAUUUUUCCUUUCGGAAACGGAACUGUAAACGAAGCUGGUCUGAAUCACUAUAUUGACGAGGUGAACUAUCUCAUUUCACUGGGAAUCGAGCCUGUGGUUACUCUAUUCCAUUUUGAUCUCCCACAAACACUUCAGGACUGGUACUAUGGUUUCUUGGGAGAGCAGAUCGUCGACGAUUAUGCCAAUUACGCCAGAACGGUGUUUGAAGCGCUAGCUCCAUUGGGGGUCAAGACUUGGAUCACCAUGAAUGAGCCCGAACUAGCAUGCUCGAAUUUGUACCCUCGUUUGACCGAAGAGACACCCGCGGAACUUUUUGCCAGGCCAAAUCUCACCACCAACGAGAUCAUUUAUAAGUGUGGACACAACACUUUGUUGGCUCAUGCCAAAGCAGUUGAUAUUCUCAGAAAAGAAAUUGAACCUGUUUAUGGACCCGCUAAAGUUUCAUAUAAGGGCGCGUGGUUCUACUCGGAGCCAUUGACCAACUCGACAGACGACAUCCGGGCAUCUCAGAGACAAAACAACCUAGCUAUCAAUUGGUUUGGUCAUCCCGUUUGGAAAGGAGACUAUUCAGAUCUGCACAAGGAGAUACUUGGCGAUAUUCUGCCAAAAUUCUCCAAAGAGGAGAUUGCACUCGUGAAAAGUUCCGUCGAUUUCUAUGCCCAUGACUUCUAUAACGGACACUACUAUACCGCACCAGAUGAAGGCUUCGACGCAUGUGUUGCCAAUGUGUCAGAUGCCAAUUGGCCUUCUUGUGCCGUGUCCACCAAUAUUGCACCUGGUGGCUGGCCAACCGGUCCUGCUGGUGGCACAAGCCACAACUUCAACACGCCUCAACUGUUCCGGGAUGCUCUUCGGUUCAUCAACGCUACAUACGCACCAAACGAGAUUAUCAUUACCGAAUUCGGGUUUCCGGUGUAUCAUGAAAGCCAAAUGGAACUUGGCCAGGCUCGGUAUGAUCUCGACAGAACCAUCUAUUUUCAAGACUAUCUUCGGGAGAUCCUUGGUGCGUAUAACGAGGACAAGAUUCCAAUCAAAGGGGCAAUUGCCUGGGGUACGAUGGACAACUUGGAGUGGAACAGUGGACUGGAGGUGAAAUUUGGGUUGCAAUAUGUGAACUAUACCACCCAGGAGAGGUACUACAAGCAGUCCCUUCAUUAUCUGACCCAGUUCUUUGAUCAUUACAUUCAGUAA